CCUUGAAACCCUAACCCGCCUCCUAUUCUUUCCAGCAGCCAUUCUCUCAUAAUCCCCUUCCCGCCGCUCGUUGUCACUCCUCCGCCUCCCAUUUUUCCCCUACCCCGCCGCUCGCUGUCGCUCCUCCGCCUCCCAUUUUUCCCCUACCCCGCCGCUCGCUGUCGCUCCUCCGCCUCCCAUUUUCAUUAUUCGAUACUCUUGCGAGGCAUUCGCCCUUUCCCGCCGCUCGCUGUCAUUCCUCCGCCUCCCGUUUUCAUUAUUCGUUACUCUUGCGAGGCAUUCGUGUUUCUCCGAUUCGUCUUCUCAAGAGGAAGCAGGUUUUCUGCUCCAUAGAGUUUUCACAGUCAUGUUGUUGCUUCGUCGGAUCAUUGUAGUCAGGCAGCCAUCAUCAGUCUUUGCUCACGGAUUUUCUGAAAGUCCGUUCAAAUCUCUCAGAUACUCAUCGACUUCUUCUGGGAUCGCAUCAUCUCUAAAAUCUGCAUCGCCGGAUUCUAAUUCUGUCAAGCCAGAGAACAAUGAGAAGCCUGUAAUCGUGUUCUUUGAGAAUCAUGGAUUCUCAAAAACACAGAUAUCUGAGCUUGUCAAGAAAUUCCCUCAAGUUCUUUCCGCGAACCCCGAAAAGACGCUAUUGCCAAAAUUGUUGUUCUUUCAAUCGAAAGGCCUUUCUUCCCCCGAGAUUGCCAAAUUAGUGUGUGGUUUUCCUUCGAUUUUAACGCGAAGUUUAGACAGAAAAAUCAUUCCAGCUUUUGAUUACAUUCAAGCGCUACUUCAAACUGAGGAGAAGACUAUCGCAUCCAUAAAACGGUUUUUAGGUAUUCUCACUUGGGAUCUCCAAAUUUAUGCUCGUCCAAAUGUUGAAACUCUGAUACAAAUUGGAGUCCCUGAUUCCAAAAUUGCAACCAUUCUUCAGUACCAACCACGAGUGUUCUUGAUAAACAAUGUCCGAUUCAAGGAGAUUGUGGAGGAAGUUAAGGAAAUGGGAUUCAAUCCUCUGCGACUGAAUUUUGUUCUCGCUGUUUUUGCCAUGCGAGCAAUGAGCAAAUCUACAUGGAGAAAAAAAGUUGAAGUUUACAAGAAAUGGGGAUGGCCUGAAGAAGAGAUUCUCUUCGCUUUUCGAAGGCAUCCAUGGUGUAUGAUGGCUUCCGAGGACAAGAUCAAUGGUGUAAUGGAUUUCUUUGUGAACAAGCUUGGAUGUGAACCUUCAUACAUUGCAAAGCGACCUGCUCUGAUUUCACUUAGUUUAAAGAAGAGGAUUGUGCCAAGAGGCUCUGUUUAUCAAGUUUUGCUGUCAAAGGGUUUGAUUAAGAAAGAUGUGAAUCUUCCUUUUUUGUUUGAGUCUGCUGAAAACCGAUUCUUAGACAAAUUCAUCGACCCUCAUAAGAAGCUGAUUCCUGGAUUGUUGAAGUUGUAUAAAAAGAAAUUGGUGGAUGCUAAGAGAUAGCAGGUGGAGUUUGAUGUAGCAGUCGAGGUGGAGGCACGUGGGUUGUUGGCUAUAGAGAAUCUCAUCACAUUUGAGUCUGUAGUCUUUCUUUGUGCUUUGCCUUUAAAUCCUGCCCUUCCAUGUAUUUAAGUGAUCUCUUCCUGACUUUCUAUGAAAAUAAGAUUUUCAUUACUAUUUUAAA